AUGGGCUGGCUCCCUUGGUCGUCCGGCGGUGAACCCAACAAAGCUUCCGAUGGUGGCCGCAUUGCGCCGGAUCGAACGAGUCGCAAGCGCUGCUGGGAGGGACGGGAUCUAUUCUUCGCCUGUCUGGAUCGAAACGAUAUUCUCGACGGUAUUAAGGAUGACAAGGAGGCACGACGGAAGUGUGCGAAGGAGGUUGAAGAGUUCGAGGCAGCUUGCUCAGCGACCUGGUUGGCCUCCCAGGUGAAAUAUUUUAAGGAAAAGCGCGUGAUGGAAUAUAACCGGGACCAGACAAUUGCGCGUAUCAAGAAGGAGGAUGCUGCGACAGUGCAGGAGCUCAAGUCGCAGGGUCGGAGUACCUCGAAUUAA